AUGGUGUUUCAAGAAGAUAUGAUUCAUAGAGAUCAUAGAGCUGAUACGUUUAAUUUACCAACUGGACAAUAUAAUUAUGAAUGGAGAAAAGAAACUAAAAUAGUGAAUAAUAUUGAUGUUUUAAUUGAUGCUGGUUUUUAUUAUUAUCCAACCAAAUCUCAAAAACAUAGAGUGGUAUGUGCUUAUUGUUAUAAUGAAGGAAAAGUAAAGACCGAGAAACAAGCUAAAGAUAUAACUAAAAAUCAUUUAUUAAAUAAUCCGCAAUGUCCAAUGUCCUUAGUGUUAGAAACUUAUAAAAAAUUUCAACAUCUGAAACAUUGGAAAUCAUUUAAAUUUAUACAAGAUCCAUUAUGUGAAGAAUCCACCCAAUUUAGAAAACAAUUUUAUAUGAAUUAUCCUGGAGAUAAAGAUGGUAAUAAAAUUAACAGUGAUACAUUAUCGAGAGCUGGUUUUAUUUAUUUACCACAAACCUUACAACAUGAUCGUGUGGUAUGCAUGUAUUGCAGAUGUGCAUUAGAUGGUUGGAAUGAAGAAGAUGAUCCAAUUGUAGAACAUGAAAAACAUACAACUGGAUAUUGUUACUUUUUGGACAUGUAUUAUCAUGGAAAUAAAUCAGAAUCAGAUCUGACAAAUGAUUCGUACGAUUCUGAAGACGUUGAAGAAGUUGAAGUUAAAUAUAAAGAAAGAAUAGAUAAAGAGAAGAGUGUGGAACCUGAAAAUAAAAAUAUACUACCUGAGAAUGAAGAUGUGAAAUUGGAAGAGAACAAGAAAUUGAAUAAAAAUGAAACUCCAGAAAUUCAAGAUAUACUGUUUACAUCACCAUUAAAGAAGACUUAUAAGAAACAAAGAAACUCAGGAGAAAAAAACAGAGUUGUAGAUUAUUCGGGUGAUAGUUCUGUUGAUGAAUUACUGGAUGAUUCUUCAAAAUUGUCGAAAGAAAAAGAACCAGAAGACAUUGUCGAUUCAGAUUGUAAUGAUGAUUCAACUCCAAAAGAGAAUACAGAACAAGAAAAUAUACUGAAAGAUUCACAAACAAUAAAUUCUACGGAUUUGAAAAAAUUGGAUAUUAAAGAUGACCUGGAAGUAGCUGAUUCAAGUAAUGAAGAGAGUGGAGGUGAACAAAAAUCAGAUCAUUCAGAUAAUGGAAAAACGGAUAAUGAAGAUGAGGAUAUGGAAAGUGAUGCAAAACAAAAUACUAGUGAUUAUGUAGAAGAAGAUGAGGAAGAAGAUGAGGAAGACGAUAAUGAUAAAGAUCUAAGUUUUGUCGAAACUAUUAGAAGACGACCAAGUCGUAGAUUUAGACCAUCAAAACCUAAACCUAAACCUAAACCUAAAAAGCAACCUACAAUUAUAGAAGAAGAAUCACGACCAAAAAAGAUUAUAAUUCAAAGAACUGAAUCAACUCCAACUCCACAACCAAUAACAUAUGAUACAACAGAUGAUAAUUUACAAUACGAUGAUGAACAUAUUGAGAAAUUGGAAAAGAAGAUAGUUAAAUCAACAAUUGAAGCACCACCUGGACCAAUAAAAGAAAGCAAUAUAUUAAAACAAGAUGUUGCUCCGCCACCAAUUAAAUUCACUGCAUCUAUAAAUAAAUUGGAAUCACCAAUUAGGAAAAAAAAGAGAAGACAUGAAAAGGAAUCACCAGUUAAGAAAAGUAAGAGGAUAUCCAAGGUUAAUAUUUUUGAUCAUUCAUUUGAUGCUGUUGAAGACAUAUCAUAUUCAAAUAAAGGAUUAUCGGCAUUAAGAUCCAACUCACCAAGAAAACUGUAUUUAAAUUCACCACAUUUAAGUUUAAUAGAUAAAAUAUGUGGCCCAGAAGAAAAAGAGAAGACUCAAUAUGACAAUAUACUAGACGGAAUACAUAAUCAAGGGAAUCUGAGUGUUGCACAAUCAGAUAAAGAUGUAAUACUUGAUGAUCAAAUAUUAAAGGAUGAAAAAUCAGAUAAUGUGGAAGAUGCAGUUGUUGAUGAAAUUGAAAUGAAUCCAGUAGAUCGAAUAAUGAAGUCUAGUGGUGCAAAUCCAAGAAUAAAACAAAAUAAAGUAGAUUACGAUGAGUAUGAACAAGAUGAAGAUGUUGAUUUAUGUCAUAGUGAAUCAGUAGAGGAUAGUAAAACUUCAGGGAGGCCUAUUUUGGCGAAUAAUGAACAAAUUGAGUCCAAAAAAACUAUACUCAAAGAAAACCACCUAGUGGGUGAAGCUAAAUUUAAUAAACUUUCAGAUAUUCAUAAAUUAAUUCAAAAGGAAAUUGAUUUUUCGCAACAUGUCGAUAAAAAUAUGAUGAAAAUUGGUCUGAUUGUCGAUCAAUCUCAUAAUUUAGCUCAAAAGAAAGAUAAGAUUGAGAGAGAUGAUAGAAUGAUGAAAAUUGAUAUGAUUAUUGAUCAAUCUCCUAACUUAGCUCAAGAUAAAGAUGAAAUUGAAAGUGAUGAUAAAUCUGAUGUAGCUAUAGACAAGGCAGAAAUUGAAAGUGAUGACAAAUCUGUGGAUGUCCACAAUUUGAAUGUAAGUAUAGAAUCACAUCAUGAAGAAAAAUUAUCUACUACAAUUGAUUUAAAUGAUACAUUACCUCAAUUUAAUGAAUCAAUUAAUAUUCAACCUAAUAUUGAUGAAACUCCAAGUGAAAAUAACUCAAUUCAAAAAGUAAAUAUAGGUACACAUCAUGAAGAAUACGGUUUAAUGGAAAUUGAUCUGGAUAAUAACCAACCUCAAAAGACUGAACAAAUUAAAAUAGGAUCUACUGAUAAUAAAUCUCGUGAAAAUUUAGGUGUAAAUGGACAAGUUGAAAAGGAAGUUGAAGUUUCACAACAUGAGAAGAAUACCCUUGUUUCAAAUGAGAUAAACAAAGAUAUGGAUCAAGAUGACGUACCAAUCAAGAGUCGAUCUACAUUAGACAAAGCUCCAAUAGCAAGUAAACCAUUUGAAGAGGAACCCAGAAAGUCUAUACAUGAAGAAAAUCCAUUUACAACAAGUAAUAUGAAAAAUGAUCCAGUUCAAGAUGAUGCACAGGUUGGUAAGGAGUUUGAAAAUCAUGGAACUCCAAGUGUGAAUGGAUCAAUUGAAGAGGUGGCUACGGAACCACAACAUGUUGAGAAUACUAUAGAUGAGAAAGAUAGAAAUAAUGAUAUACGAGUUAAUGAGCAAGGUAAGAGUAGAUCUGAUUUGAUUAAUGAGUCAUUUGGUAAUGAAACUAAAGAUGUACAAAGUUAUGGUCACAGAUUCAAUAAUAAAGAUGCAUCCAAUGUAUCACAAGAUAAAGAAAUGCAAUCAGUAGUUGAUGAACAAGAAUUGAAUAGGGAAAAUUUAAUUGAAGAAGCAAAAAAUGUACCAGAAUCAAGUCUUCAUGAAACAACAAUAGUUGAAUCAAAAUCCAAUCAAAAAAUCCCUUCACAAUCAAAUUCACAAAUAUUACCCCAAUUUUCACCAAUCAAACUUGAUUAUUUUAAAUUUUCAUCAUCUACUCCAAAUAAAUUACCAAUGACGUCACCAUUAGCAAUGAAUUCAUCAUUAAGUGAAGCUAAACAAGUAUUUAAAUGGCAAAAGAAAAGUAUGAAAGAAUUUGCUGAUAAAUUGCAAAAUUUAAAAUCAAGUUCCCUGGAAUUAUUAGAUUUAGUUAAUUCAGAAUAUGAUUUACAUAAUGAUUUACAUGGUGAAUUAACUAGAUUUAUUGCUGAAAUGCCUGAAGACGAAGAAAAUAUGACUAUAAAAGAAUGGAUUGAACAUUGUGCUAUUAAUUGUAGAGAUAUUGUAUUACAUUCUUGUGGUGAAUUAAAUGAAUUUAUAAUGAAUGAAUAUGAUCGAGCUAUUGAAUUUGUUGAAAAUUUGCCAAUUAUAGAUGAAUGA